CCGCUAGAGUCUUGUUAUAUCGAUAGGUGACCAAAACAAGCAGUACGAACUGUGCCUGAAUAUUGUGAUUGUGAUUGUGCUGAACUUCCAGUAAAAAACUAAAUAAAAGGGUCUUAAGUGGGCAAUAACUUACAAAUGUUAUUUCUUUCUAUGAAGAAACGUUGGCAUUGUAAAAAAAAUUAUAUUGUUUCGUAACAAUAUUUUAGGUAAUGAAUGUGGUAAUCUAACCUAAUUGCUGCCUUUGAAGUGAUUUUGAUAUAAUGGCUCGGAAAAAAAAGCGUAUUUCGGUCAUUCUGAAGGAGGAAUUUUUCUGAAUAAAAAUAAUUAAUAAUACAAAAAUAACUUUUCUUCUAACCUUAUAACGUGUUAAUUACUCUCUAAGAAGGUUGCUAAAUAUUUGCUGGCCACCAGACAGAAUUUCUGUUGGAAAGGAAGUAAUCAUCCAACGUUUGUAUCGUUCAAAAAUGUUUCCUGCUAACUGCUGUACCAGACAGCAUUGCUGUGAGUUUAUGGGUGCGUAGCAUUUCCAAAAUGACUCAGGGAACACUCAGUAAGGACACUGAAAAUGUUAUGAAAAAGAAUGAACACUUGGACCAUGACAGGGGCAAAGAGAAGAAAGAGAGAGUGAAACCACCAACAAAAGUUGUAAUACGUCGACUUCCUCCGUCACUCACCCAGGACACUUUCCUGAAGGAAGUUACGCCACUCCCGGAAUAUGACUACUUUUACUUUGUUCAAGCUGACAAAAGCUUGGGCCAGUUUGCAUUCUCAAGGGCAUACAUAAACUUUCUUCACCAAGAGGAUGUGUUCCGUUUCAAAGAAAGGUUUGAUAACUAUGCAUUCUUGGACAAGAAAGGAAAUGAAUACUUGUCUGUAGUUGAGUUUGCUCCUUACCAGCGACUGCCCAAGAAACGUCCGGUGAAGAAGAAAGAUCUCAAGUCCGGUACAGUAGAGCAAGAUCCCACUUACAUUAGCUUCUUGGAGAGCCUAGAGGACAAGAGCGUUGAGAGUGUUCAUGCUCCGUUAGAGUACUUCCCACCAUCUGAGAGCAAGAAAGUAACGACGACACCACUCUUAGAGUUUGUCAAGCAGCGCUAUGCAGAGAAACAACGUAUUAGAGACGAGCGCAAAGAAGAACGGCGGAGAAAAGACCAAGAACGUAGGAGGCUGAAGGAUGACGAGCGACGAAGGCGAAAGGAGCCAUUGAGUAAAGAGGUUGACACACCACCAAAGACUGCUGAAGCAGACAAGGAAAAUUCACGAAAGCGAGAAGAGGAAAAGCCUCGGACAACAGACAAGGACAAGAAGCCAAGCGAGAAUGUGUAUCGACAGCGGGAAACAAAGACAGUGAGUAGAAGCUACCACGAUGGACGUCAAAAAGUGACAGAUUUACGGUAUCAGUCACGCGGAAGAAUUUCUUCAGAAGACCCUCGACGCAAGAUCACGUUUGAAGGGCGCGCUCACAUUCCGAGUAAAACAUCUGAAACCAGAAGAAGCCAGGAAUUCUCCAACUCUAACAAAGACACAGACCUGAGGAAAAAUUCAAUUUCUAGAGAUACAGACUACAAGAGGAAUGAGAAGUACCAUGGAUAUUCGAAAGAAAAUCAAAGGUUCAGCAAAACGUACGAAUCUAAAAAAGGCUACAACCCGACGGAAAGAAGUUACGCAGCGAAGAGCGACAGGAAGCCAGGCCACAACGCAGAUGUCAAACAGACCACUAACUUUGACAAGGAGACUAAAGGUGCAGCUGUGUCGAAUGAUUCUUCUGAGAAAGACAGAGAAGCCCAAGAUAGUAUCGAAAACAAAAAUAAAAAUGUGAAACCGGAAGCUAACAAGGCAACAGUCCUCAGUGAUAAAGACAAGAAGUGGGAACAUACUGGUGCGAAACCAAAAGCAGAUGGUUCUGCACAGGUUUCGGACGCAGCGUGUGAAAAGGUGCCGAUCAUUGACGUGCCAGCGGAGACUGAAGGCAGAGGGGAAGAUAUCGAUGAAGCAGCGUCGAAGGAGGCGAGAGCCUCGGAAGAGGCCACAGAGAGCAGGAGUGAUGGGGCGGAGGGCGUCGAUGCGGGAGGCUCGGGAGACCUCCAGGCACCAGAGAAGCCCAAGUUCAGCGCGAAGCGGCGGGCGUCCCUGGGCUCGGGGGACCACGACGCGACCUUGCAGGGCCGCCCGCUGGAGAAGACCCACACCAGCAGCGACUGGAGCCUGCGUCGCAACCACUCCCUGGAGCUGGACGGGGCGGCGGCCAAGGGGGAGGAGCCCGGGGACAAGAAGGACCCGCGAGUGGAGCGCAGGAUCCGGAACAAGGACCGGCCGGCCAUGCAGAUCUACAGGCCCGGCAUGCUGCGUCGAGGGCGCGAGAAGGGGACGGCAGAGCAGGACUCCCCCUCCCCCAGUCCUUCCCCCACCCCAACUAGCAGCAAGGGCCCUGUCAAGACCAUGACUUUCAAGCGCAGCGUCAGUCGUGAGAAGUAAUCUUCAUUUGUUCUAUAUACAUUUAUGCGUAAAUUGGUAUAAUGCUAAAUUUCCACAAAAUAUACCUACACAUAUACUAUUUAUUGUUAGAGACAAGAUUUUUUUUUUUUUUUUUUAGUGUCAUUUCAUUGUUAAAACAGAAUAUUUCAUUAAUGUUUUUACUUUUAUAAAAUGUGUUUUUUAAUAUUUACUCCACUAAAAGAAUGGUAAAAUUAAUAUGAGGCAAUUUUACGAUAAAAUAAUUUGUAACAUAUUGGAUUUUAUUGUAUACGUUCAGAACAAUAAAAUAAAUUAAAGAGCAUUUGUAGUUUUGGAAGUAAAGUAAGGAUGCACGUAAUAAAACAAAUUGAAUUAAUUAUUCUUAUCCAUGCACUUUAGUGAUUUUUUUUUGUCCAGAAAUUACAUUACUUGAAUUUCAAACAUUUAAAGAUUACUUCUUCUAUGAUUUGAAUUACAUUUUGGUGAAAUGCUACCUAAUUUCAUGAUAUAACUUGCAUUUAGAUGUUUUGUUUUGAUGUGCUUUUCAAUGUUAUUUCUAUUUUAUUUAUUCACAAUUUAAUCUUGUCUCUAAAUAUUGUGGAAAUCUUGAGCUCCAAGAUCAUAAUUUUUCUGGUUUCUUUUCACCAGGAAAGUUUUGUGUAAAUUUGUGUUUUUGAAUUGCCACCAUUAGGUGUGUUCUUGUAGUGAAUUGAACAGCUGAAUGACUGAAAAAAACCUACAGAAGAAAGGCAUUUUUGUUGGGUGUUGUUUGUAAAGAGAUGAAAAGCCUCCAAAUUGUACUUUCUUCUCAGAUCAUAAGACUUUGCAGUGGAAUCAACUUCUUGAAUGGCUCAACCUUUAUUCCAUUUAUUCUUUGCAAAACCAUAUGUGCUUAAACAUAAAAUGUAGGUAUAGGUCUGGUGCACUUGCAUAGUAACUUUGAGGGAUGACAGAAAAUUAAGGAGACUGUUUUUAAACUGUAAAUUCAUUCUUUGAAAAUAUCUUGCAAUGGGUUAGAUUGAUUAAAAAAAAAAAACACUAUGGACAUACACCAUUGCUGGUGUACAUUGAAUAUAAUGGAAAAACCUCAAGAGUGAACAGCAAAACGGGUAGGCCUACAUUUAAAUAAUAAAAAGAAUCAUUAUUAGCUAACAUUAAGUGUUAAAUGCCUAAACGUUGUAGAUAUAUAUGUGGCACAAAUUUAUUCAGAAACAAAAUAAUCAUAAUCACAAUACAGGUGAGCGCAGUGGACUGACAGUAACGAGACAGCUCGACAAGGACAGUAAGUACAGAAACAACGUUGGUAAACACAGUCACGCACAGUCGAACCCAGCAAUGAAACUAAACGAACUACGACGUAGUUAAUGGGUUGAGUUGCAAAUAAGUCUUAAUUCAUCCAAAGUUUUUGGCCAUGUUUUAUGUAUUGCAUGAGAAAACACAUGUUAUGCUUUAAACUUAAUAACUUAGAUCCUGUAAGAGAGAAAACUUUAUCAAGUGUCCGGUCAGAAAGUAUUGUGGGCAUUGCUUAAUGAAUUGAAAGAUGGUGUGAGAUUCAACCAUCUCUCUUGCUCAUUCUCUCCCUCUCUCACUCUCUCUCACUCUCUCUUCCUGUCUCUGUCCCAUGUACACUCUUUUGCUGUCACUCGCACUCUCUAAAUACAUAAACUAUGGUUUUUACAUUACAUAUUAAAGGGGUAUUUAGGCAAUGGUGUCAAAAGUCAUUUGUUAUUAUAAAAAAAACCUUAUUUAAAAACAAAAUAAGUACAGGAAACAUUCGCAUACAUAGUUCUGCAUAAGAUCAGGGUGGGGAUUAUGUGAAACCCCUGUAGUCUUCCUUUACAAUAAUAAUGCACACUAUUUUGACGUUGGUGAUAAUUAUUGUGACAGUAACAAUCUAUGUCAGGUGUUAUUGCAAGCCGUUUUUUCAUGUUAUGCAGACCUUAUGUAGGCCAACAUGAUCUGGCAUUAGACUAAGUGCUAAGAAUAUAUAAUUAAUUUUAAAAUAUGUUUAUGCAAGCCUACAUAUAAAUGUGUUCACAGAGCAUUAUUUAGGUAAACUUUUGUUGGUUUACUCCAUGAGCUCCUGGUUAUUCCCUUAUUUUAAAUUGUAGAGCAAAAAUUCUUGAAUACACUUUUAAACAGAUUGAUUAUUGUUUCUUGCUUUUUUUUAUAAUUCUGUGAGUGCUUAGUCUGCAGAAAUAACUAUGUGAAGAGAUUUUUAGUCCAAAUGCUCAAGCAACAAAGCUGGGAAACAUAAUUCUUCCAGUUACGUGACUCCAUGAACGCUAUAUGUGACCAACAAGUACAGCUGUGUGUUACUUUACUUUGAGGUUCUUAUUAUUAGCAAUGAGAUUCAUGUUUGGCAACUAUGAUAUUUGAGAUACUUAUUUUUUGCUAUACAAAAUAAUCUUGGCAUUUAAACUACAAUGGAACGGUGUUAACUGCUGCUUCUGGUGGUGUGCUGGACCCAACAUGUUUGUAAGCUUCCGUGAAUUGAUGAUGUGGUGUUAACAGCAGAGAAGUUAUAAGAAAUAACUAGGGUAAAUGCAAGACAACACCACUACUUCUCAGUGAGAGUACAUAACAAUCAUAAGUAGAAAACAUAAAUAUUUGUUAUUUUUUCAGCUUAAUAAAUAAUCAUGUGUUGUAGAGAGAAAUGAAACCAAAUAUUUUACAGUGAAAUUUUUUAAAGUAAAUAUUUACUGUGUUUAUAAAAUAUAUUUUUAUUGGCGUAUGUUUUAAACACAAUUACUAGGAAUUAUGUCUUUCAUUGCACCAGGGUACAAUCAGUUCGAAUCUGAUUUGUGCACAUCACAAAAGUUGGAUCACGUGCUCCUUGCUGGCCUGCUGUUAACCAACUGCUGGUUGUAAGAUGGAAGUUGGCUAUCUUGACUGUAGCAUCACAGCAUGGAAUGGCCCAACAGGCUGGAGUGAUGUCACAUGUGACGUGAGUUGAUGGUGUUGAGAGUAUAGCACGUUACAUGACCUUCCCAUUGUAGGAGGCCUUAAAUGUUCACGCAUUUUGUACUGCUUUGCCAUGUUUUGCGAAUGUACUUUAAUUUGAACACAUGCAGGAAACAUUAUUUUAGCUGUGUUGGUCACAAAUUUCCAAUAUGUCUUUCAGGUUACUUUUUUUUUUUUUUAAAUCCCAGUUCAUAGUAUAAUUUGCAAAUGGAUAGCUUAACUUAAUUUUCUUGAUUUUUCCCUGAUAUUUGUCUGUGUUUUAUGUGGUCUGUGUCACUUAAGAAUGGGCUUAAGACUCAAAUUGAGUUCAGUAUUUUGAAGGUUGUUAGCUUGUUAUGUUAAGCAGUUUCAGUUAUAGAAUUUCUGUCAUAACGUUAUGUGAAAUGCUUGUUUUUUUGUGUUGCUAUGUUACGACACAGCAUCUUUUAGGAGUUUUAAUGAACACAGUAAACUAUUGUACUAUCUUUCCUGAUUUAGCACUAAAGGAGGUGUAAUCAGUAUCUGCUACUGUGUGUACACACUAGAAUUUUUGCACUUAUUUCAAUUGUGUUUCAAUAGAGAAUAUUCUGUUAUCAUUCAGGUAAGAUGUCAUUUUCUUUUCAAUUUGAAUAAUAACUCUCAAGUAUCUGCCUUGACGCAGCCUCUAAAUGAUUAACAUCUGUUCACUAUGUGGGAAGUAGAAUUUGUCUUUCAAAAUUCUAAAGACAUUUUUAUUUUGUGUUGUACCUUUUUCUAGUUUUUUUCAAAUGAAUUUUGUGCAGUUGUGUGUAUUUUGGGUUUUUGUAUAUAUACUAAAAUAAGAACCAGAAUAAGUUAUAU